AUGUAUAUUGAAUUCAAAAAUAAAAUAAUUAGUUAUUUGCAACAGGCACUUACUUUUUUUUAUUUAUUAAUUUAUAAAUAUUUAAUACUUUUGAAAAUAAAUCCUUUCCAAAAACUGUUGCAAGACUUAGAAUCAAAAAACUCAUCUAAAAAAAUCCUAAAACAACUUUGUUUUCAUAUGUCAUAUAAAUUUCAUUAGUAUCAAAAUAAAAAAAUAAACUUAAACUAAAUAAUGUUAAAAUUCCUUCAACUAAUAAGAAUAUAAUCUUAUCUAGUUUAGAACAUUAUUUAUAUUUGUAGAUUAAGUAGCAUUAACUUAAAUUGCUGACAGAUAUUAACAAGGUUUAUAAGAUAUAUUCUUCUUAGAAAAACACUAAUACUAUAUGGAAAAACAUUGUUCUGAAAAUAUCUAAAGUAAUAAACUUUAUUUCUAGCCUUGCUUUAAGAUUUUUGAACUAAUGACUACUGAAUAUACUUAAUGA